GCCCAGCGGAACCGUCAGGGGAGGAGGCGUGGGCCGCGGCGGAGCGGGGAGCCGGAGCAGGAUCAAGUCCUCUACACCAGAAAGUAGGCCUAAACCAGACCGACACUGCCCCUCUUGGGCCCGACUGUCCUCAGAAAGCAGCUGUAAUCAUGGGCAAUAUCUUUGGAAACCUUCUCAAGAGCCUGAUUGGGAAAAAGGAGAUGCGCAUCCUGAUGGUGGGCCUGGACGCUGCUGGAAAGACCACCAUCCUGUAUAAGCUGAAGCUGGGGGAGAUUGUUACCACUAUACCCACCAUUGGUUUCAACGUGGAGACAGUGGAGUACAAGAACAUUAGCUUCACGGUUUGGGAUGUGGGUGGCCAGGACAAGAUUCGACCUCUCUGGAGACACUACUUCCAGAACACCCAAGGGUUGAUAUUUGUGGUCGACAGCAAUGAUCGGGAGCGAGUGAACGAGGCCCGGGAGGAGCUGAUGCGGAUGCUGGCAGAAGAUGAGCUCCGGGAUGCUGUACUUCUUGUCUUCGCAAACAAGCAGGAUUUGCCUAAUGCAAUGAAUGCUGCAGAGAUCACUGACAAGUUGGGCCUGCAUUCCCUGCGUCACCGCAACUGGUACAUUCAGGCUACCUGUGCCACCAGUGGAGAUGGGCUGUAUGAAGGCCUGGACUGGCUGGCCAAUCAGCUCAAAAACAAGAAGUGAGGGCCAGGCAGCCUUUUCCGACCACCCCACCCACCCUGAAAUACCUUUUAUCUCCCUGCUCCAGCCUACCCUUUCCUUCUGUUGCCAUUGUGGCCAGGGCCCUGGGUAUCAUGUCCGCAUACCCAGUAAGAGCCUGGUUUUCCCUGCAUACCCUCCUCUCUGCUCACCGAUGUGACCAGUUCCUUACUGCUGUCCUAAUGAUGAAUCAUUCCAAUUUACUGGAUUUCAAACAAACAAAAAAAAAGGUUGUUAUGGUUUCAUGGGGUGACCUCCUCACCUGAUGUUCUGGGGUUUGGGAGGUGGGGUGGGAUAGGUAUUCUCUGUUUGCUUUGUUUGGCUCUGGUUAUUGUGCUCUUGAAUCUCUUCCCCCUUGCCAGCAGCCCCUCCUAUGCCUUGUCUUCCUUUACAACACCACCUUCUUUCUAUUCUCCAUGGUAAUUGCACGGGCCUCUGUGUGUGUGUGUGUGUGUAUAUAUAUAUGUAUAGAGAAACAUUUGGGGGCCACGGAAAAGAGUGGAGGGAUGGAGUGAAGCUUAGGGCUUAGACCCAGGCCACUGCCCCCACUGCAGCCUAUUGUCUGCCCCUUCAUAAAGGGAAAAAGGUGAAGGAAGUCUGCCCAGUGUCGCCCUGGUUCCUUUUCUCUGCAGGUGGGUUUUUCUGGAUGAUAGGACAGAUGGUGGGUUUUCCACACCUGUCUUUCUUUUACCCUCUUCAUCCUGCUUAGGGCAGGGGCUGGUAUUUAUUUCUAGAUGACUGUUCCUAAGGAGAUGCCAUUCUGCCCUGCCUUCCUAGGGAAGGAGAGAGGAACCCACUCACUCUUAUCAGCCAGAGUGUUCAGCUAAUCCUCCCCCACAUCCUUAGAUUUAUUCCUCAGGAGCUUGAGGGGGAAGAGUGGAUAAGAAGACCAUGUUAUGUGUUUGAGACCCAGGGCACUGGAGAGAAGGCCUCAGAUUUUCCACCUUUACCAGAAGUUUUCCUCACCCUAGUUGUCUCUGCCUGACCCAAUAAAGGCUGGCUUAAUUGGGUAUGGGGAUGACAUGCACACCACAAUAUUCAUUCCCCUGUUCUCCAAUUCUUCUGGUUCAGGAGAUGUUGAAGGAUGAACAUUUUCUUUUGUUUCCAGGCCCUUGGGUCAUUCUGCUAUCCCUCUUUCUCCAUCCCACAGCUUGCUCCUGCUUUCUUUACCACUUUCCAUAAGUGGAUCUAGGGCCUGGAGUGAAGGAAAUAGAAUUUUGAAGUGGUGCUGGUGGGAUGCAGUGGUUUUCAGGGUCCUCAAGAUUAUGUAGUUGUUCAGAAGCUGCUGCUACUGCGUCUCUCUAUCUACAGGGGGCGCUGUCCCUGAGGUCCUUGCCUGGGUCCUGACUUCUGCGGUUUCUGUGAAGCCCUGGCUUUUCUUUGGGCUCCUGUGUGUGCUGGCUGUGCCUGAGCUCCAAGAUAGAGCCCGUAACCUUUCUGCUAAGAUCAAGGCCCAGGACCCUUCUCUACAGUAUGGCUGAGGGAUCUCUUCCUGGAAGGGCAGUCCCAAGCCCUGUCCACCCCAGCCUCCCCAGAUUGAACUGUGAAAGUGAGGUUCCAGGGGUGUCUCCUUCAGUGCCAGAUCCUUAGUGAUGUCUUACCCAGGUUGCAGUUGGUGUGUCUCUUGCUCUAGGUGUGUGUGUGUUUGUGUGUGUGUGUACUCGCGCGUGCAUCUGUUUGUGGUGGGGGUUGGGGAGUGGGGUUCUGGAGCUUUGAUUUCAUUUUAAAAUUUGUUCACUUAUUCUGUCCCACAGAUGCUCCCCUCCACACAUUUUUUUUUUUUUUUUUGCCUCUGUCUAUUUUCCACCCACUCCUGUUUCACAAAUGCUUUCCUUGGUCUUCAAACUCAUACACUAUUGAUACCCCCCUCCCCAUUCUGUUGUUUUGUGGUUUUUGAGGAUUUUAACUUUUUCCCCUUCCUUCCUUACUAUUUAUUUGUCAACCCCAAAUAGAUUUUCCUUAUCUCAGGCCCACCCAUGUUUGCGGGAUGCCCAGGGGCACAGGGUGUGUUUGAGGUGAUGGACUUGGAGAUUCCUAGGUCCUGCUGCUUGAGAUCUGUUCAUCAGGGGGCAGUAUGUGAUCUUGAUGUGUCUUGGCAGGAGUGGUCCUUUCUACAUUCAAGUUUACCUAAAACCCUUUUAGGAUGGGGUGUUUAUUCUUUUUCUGCCCUCUUUCUCCCUCAUUUUCUGUAGUAUAAUUUUGUGCUUUGUUCCAGCCUUUCUUCUCCCUGGGGAUUCCCCCUCUCUUCUUCCCCAAAGUUUGUUUGUGGUGUUACAGUGGUAACUGCAAUUCUGAACUGAUUUUUCUCUUCUUUUUUCUCCUCUGGAAUGUAGACUGUAAUGUUUAAUAACUCAUCUCCUCUCUCCUUGCUCAAUAUGCGGGAUACCCGAUGACUGUGACCCUGGUUGGAAAUUAAAUUUGUUUUAUGCA